GAAAGGGUGACGUACAGCGGAGUUUUAUCUGGAUACAUAGUUCCAGAAGUUGAACUUUGUCAGCUGACUCGUCUGUCUGCGGGAAGUUAAACGAUGCCUGGGACUACGGAUCAGACUCUAUGUCCCGCGUGUGGCACAAAACAAAACAUUUCCCAAAGGUCAGCAGGUCAGGAGGAGUACGCGGGGACCUGCAUCAGCUGCGGCUUCUACAUGAAACUACGACUACAGCAGGGAGCUAGCGACGGCGUCACCUUCACAGUGAAUGGCACUCAGAUCACAGUAAGAGAUGAGUUUAACCCCGCCACGUCCCUCAACGAGUACCUGAGGAGGACAGGUGUGUCCCGGGGUACGAAGCAGCUGUGUAUUGAAGGAGGGUGUGGGGUGUGUCUGGUGGCCGUGAAACUGUACGAGCCGGUCAGCGCCACGUCACAGGUGUACGCCGUCAACUCGUGUCUAGUGCAGCUGUACAUGUGUGACGGGUGGGAGAUAACGACCAUCGAAGGACUGGGCAAUGUCCGAACUGGCCUCCAUGCAAUACAAAAGCGUCUGACUAAGUACAAUGGAGCUCAGUGUGGCUUCUGUAGCCCCGCCCAAGUCAUGAAUAUGUAUGGUUUGCUUCAGAGAAACCCCACACCCACCAUGCAGCAGGUUGAGGACGCCUAUGAUGUCUCUAUUUGUCGCUGCACAGGCUACAGACCAAUCCUGGACGCCAUGAAGUCUUUUGCUUCAGACGCUCCACCCAGUCUACAAGGCGGCAUGAUUGAUAUAGAGGAUUUGAACCCCAAGAUGUGCAAGAAGACCGGCGAGAGAUGCGAGGGCAAGUGUGACAAUAAGAGGGACAAGAAGAGCUGUUCCAGUGAUCGACAACGGGACAGCGGUUCCCUGAGUAACGUGGGCGCCAGGGCUGUGUGGUUCAAACCCACCACACUACAAGAGCUGUACACCCUGCUCCAUCAGCACCGCACGGACAACUACCGCCUGGUCUUCGGCAACACUGGCUUUGGCGUUUAUAAAGAGAUCGGACCGUGGAUGUAUGAUAUUUUGAUUGACAUCAAAGGAAUUCAGGAGCUGUACAGGAUUGAGUUCACUCCCUCGCUGGUGUGGGGCGCUAACCUGACGCUGACCAACAUCCACGACCUUUGCGACAAGGCGCGCAGCAACGCAUCACUGCCGUACGCCGCCGUCUUCGCGGAGCACAUCAAGAAAGUGGCCAACAAUGGCGUCAGGAACCUGGCAUCGUGGGCAGGCAAUCUGAUGCUGAAACACAGACAUCCAGAGUUCCUCUCUGACAUCUACACCAUGCUGGAUGUUGUUGGUACCAGACUUCUGAUUGGCGACGAUACCGGAAACAGAAGCCAGUGCACCUUGAAAGAGUUUCUCAGCCUGGACAUGCAGGGCAAAGUCAUCGAGGCAGCCUUACUCCCAACCUACACCGACACCAACAACUACAUCCGACUUUACCGUGUUUCACAACGACUACAGGCUGACCAUGGUCACGUGAUAGCAGGGUUUAACAUGAAGAUUGACAAGACCAACAACUGCACGGUGCUACAACGACCAACUAUCGUUUUCCAGGGCAUCAGCGGCACUCUGAACCGUGCUGAAAAUACAGAGACUUUUCUGGAAGGCAAGCAGCUGGGUGAUCCUCAAGUUCUGAGAGACUCACUUUCCAUGCUGAACAUGGAGCUAACCCCUGCCAGUGACCCUCUACUCGCCAGUGCUGAUUAUCGGCGAAGUACUGCAAUGUCAUUCUUCUACAAGUACGUGCUGGACGUGUGUGGAGACAAGGUGGCUCAGAGGUACCGCAGUGGAGGGGUCAGUCUGGUGCGCCCAGUGUCGUCAGCAACGCACUCCUAUGACACCCGGCAGGAGGAAUGGCCUCUCAACCAGGCCAUGGCUUCCAUCGACGCCGACUACAUGGUUUCUGGAAUGUCUCGGUACUUGGAUGAUGUUCCGCUGGAGCCUGGCGAGCUGCACGCUGCCUUCGUCCUCAGCACACAAGGGAACGCUGAGAUCGCAUCCAUGGAUGCCCAACUGGCGCUGUCUUUACCAGGGGUACUCCGGUUCAUCCAAGCUUCUGACUUUCCAGCUGGGGGACAAAAUAAUUUUUCUCCUGGUAGUCGAGCUUCAGAAGAGGUAAACGCACUGAGUGUUUAUUCUCUCAAGUGGUCGCGUGGAGUAUGCUGGCCAGCCCAUUGGCAUCAUCGUUGCAGACGACCCUCAGAUGGCAAGCACAGCUGCCUCCAUGGUCAGGGUGACCUACAAGAAUGUCCAGCCUCCGUUGUUGGACCUCAGGACGGCCAUCAACCAGAAAUCGUUCUUUCCUCGCCAGACGGAUCCUGUCAUCAGAGGGACCCAGACUCGGCCAUAGCCCAGUCCCCUCACCGUCUCCCUGGGUCUGUGGAAAUAGGAGACCAGUACCACUUCUACCUGGAGUCACAGAGCAGCAGGUGUGCCCCCAACGACACGGGGGGCAUGGACGUGCGGGCGACAACCCAGUGGGUGGAUUCCAUCGUGAGUGUGGUAUCACUGGUCCUCAACAUCCCAGUGAGCAGCGUGAACCUGGAGGUCGAACGCUUAGGUGGAGCUUUUGGGGGGAAGAUCACUCGCAACCACCUUGUAUCUGGGGCGUGUGCACUGGCUGCCUACAUCAUGCAAAGGCCAGUGCGCUUGGUCAUGGACCUGCACACAAACAUGAAGUCGCUGGGCAAACGCCACCCGGUGAUUGCAGAGUAUGAGGUAGGGUUCACAGAGGAAGGCAAGCUGAACGGACUCAAAGUCACCUACUAUCAUGACUGUGGUCACAGUGACUCUGACGGGUCUCUGUCUCGCCUUAUAAACUUCAUCGACAGCUCUUAUUUUUGUCCAAACUGGAACCUUACGACAAUGACUGUAAAAACAAACAAAGCAACCAACACCGCCUGCAGAUCACCACAGGGUGUGCCGUCUCAUUUCGUGAUCGAGACAGUAAUGGAGCACAUUGCGAAAACGCUCAAUAAAGAUCCCACGGAAAUCCGAAAACUCAAUCUUUAUCAAGAAGGACAGUUUACUCUCAAUGGCUCAAAACUGGAGAACUGUAACAUCGGAGAGGUUGUUUCCCAGUUAGAGACAUCUUCAGAUUUUGAAGCCCGUAAACGCCAGGUGGCCGAGUUCAAUCAGGCAAACCGUUGGAGAAAGCGUGGCAUCUCUCUGGUCCCCACAAGAUGGAUAGGGUGGGGUGGUCAUUUCAGUGUCCUUGUGGCCAUCUACAACUCUGACGGCUCUGUAGCAAUCGAGCAUGGCGGCAUCGACAUGGGACAGGGAAUCAACACAAAGGUGGCACAGGUGUGCGCCUAUGAGCUGGGUGUACCAAUGUCACUGAUCCGUGUCAAAAAAAUUCCUUCUACUGCCAACGCCAACUCAUCCUUAACCGCAGGUUCCACAGGCAGUGAACUGUGCUGUAUGGGAGUCAUCCAGUGUUGUCAGACAAUCAAGGCGAACAUGGCGCCAGUUCGGAUGAGGAUGCCGACAGCGCCAUGGAAGGACAUUGUUAGCGAGUGUUACCGCAGUGGAAUCGACCUUUCAGCCCACAUGCCUACACGAACCCAUUCAGCGAAUACCACAGCCAUUACAGCGUCUACACAGCUGCCGUGGCGGAGGCUGAGCUGGACGUACUCACAGGCCAGUCACAGCUCAACCGCGUGGACAUCUUGUACGACUGCGGAGAAAGGAGUACAAGCCACCUUACCUAAGGACCUGCCUGUAGACUUCCGAGUGAGCUUCCUGAGAAACGCACCCAAUCCCUUAGGAGUUCUUCGUUCUAAAGCCACCGGCGAGCCUACAGUUCCCCUCAGUAGUGUCGCUGUCUUCGCCAUCAAGCACGCCGUGGAGGCUGCACGUGCCGAGAUCGGCCAGGACACCUACUUCACACUCAAUUCACCUGCGCUGGUGCAACAUGUCCAGACAGCCUGCCAGGUAAAACCUGAACAGCUCACCUUUGGAAACUGAUCGUCUCUCUGAAAGUUUAAAGAAUUAAUUGCACGUGCAUGUGUAACAUGGAGGGAGCUGACUACGGUGGGACACGUCUGUCACGAUUAUGUCAACGAAGACUUUAUGUUCGAGGUGUGAGAUGUAUUUUACAACAACAAUGCAUUAUUGUCUGAAGACUGAAAGAGUUAUUCUCUCAGUAACAUGUAGAGUACCACACUGCUGUUCGUAGAGAAAAGAUUACAAAGUAAUUGUCAUGAUUAUCCUGGAAAAGGAUUCACAUUUUAUUCCUGAUAUGUUUAACCAAAUGCGUGCUACGUGUCCAACGAUUGUAAUAACACAGCACACGAAUUCACUUAACUAUACGGAAAAACUUCGUUUAAUAUUUUUGCUUCAGUUCUGAAAAUAAUAUUAUUCUUAGAUUCUGUGUUUGGAAUUAUAAUUGUUAAAAAUCUUAAUACAUUUUAUAAAUGAAAGAAUAUAAAUAACUACAUGGAAACAGAUUGCGGUUUACAGAAUUAUUUUAAAAGAGUUAUUGUUUUCACUUGUGAUUGAAGCCAGUGAAGGAUACACCCUUACCUUUGUAUUUUUUCCAGCUAUAUUUUAACCGAAAAAAUAUAUACUGAGAAUUUAAAGUAGCUUUCAAAAUGUAAUUCCUGUACUUAAUUCCCGGUAUCUUUACCUUGGUCAUUAAGAACAGCAUCGAAGACCACACUUCCAGUGUUAUGCUAUUUUAUUAGCUUUAUUGGCUAAGGUUUUACUGUUUUCUGGGAAACAUAUGGUGAUGGAAAUGUUCUUUACAAAAAAAUGUUUUUUUUAAUAACUUUUUAAAAUCGAUUAAUAAUUUUAUCUUUUAAUGUAUUAUUUCCUUUUCUUUAUAAUUUUCCAUUAGUAAUUUCUUUUUCUUGAAUAAAUUGAAUUGAAUUUGAUGUAAAGCUGGGUGUCUUUAAUGCACAAUUUAUAUAUAUUUAUGAAUUUCACAAAUUUUCUAAUGAAAUAAACAAAGGU